AUGAAGACAACGUAUUUUUUACUUGUCCUGGGUCUGCUGUAUGCAGUGGCUUAUUCGCUUCCAAUUGAAGAAGAUGAACCUUUGGAAGAUGAAUUAUUGGAAGGUAACCAAAUUUAAUUGGUACUUAUAAUGCAAGUGUGGAUGUCCAUAAGGUCAUCCACAGUUGCAACACCAGGGAGAAUAAAAUUUUCUAUAAAGAAAUUUACUAUAAAGAACUCAUUUCACUCCUCGUCUGCAAAAUUAUGGAAUUUAAUACCAAUGUGAUUGCCGAACUCAGAAACACUGCAUGAGUGAAACUAAAGCUAUUUAUUAAAAUUCUGAUCUUACUUACUUGUUGUCAUCUUUAUAUAUGUAGUUGAAUAAUUUUUACUUACGAACAUUUUUUAACAACGUUUCUUUAAUGUGUUAAUACAGCACCUCUGCUUGGGAGAACAGUUAAAAAUGUAACUGAUAUAUAACUGCGCAUCCUAUCAGUAUUACGAACUCGAUCGGUAUAUUGAAAAACCUCUCCGUCAUUCAACCCGUUCCAAUUCUGGUAACUAUCUGCGUCCAAACUUACGAAGAAAAGUCCUCUUUAGAGAUUCAAUAGAAUUGUGUAUUUAUAAAUCUGCUUGAUCAUGCCUUAUUGUGAUGUCAAAUUGUCCUCUUCUCUUUCUAUCCUUAGAACUAAACUAUACGAGUACUACAAAAACAAACUGAACACGAUAUCAGCGAUAUAGACAAGCCUAGAACUUGGAAAACACUGUGCAGUAUAGCUAAAUGUCUAGUAUUAGCAUACUCGAUGGGUAAAUUAUUUGUAAGGCGUAGUAAGAUUUCUUAAUUCAAAAAUCCGCUUUCUUCUUGAUUGAUUUUCUAUAAAUUAGUAGCCUAUAUAUAAUUUUCGGUAAUCAAGUAUCAUAAUUUGGAUUUGACCCUCGAACAAGCCAAUUAGUUAAUUGUUCAAGUGAGAUUACAAUUGUAAUUUUUCUGUGGUUUUGUAUAUGCACAACGUUUGGUGGGAUUUAAUAAGGGACUUAUGUUCUGCUGUCCUUACCACCGAUCUCUAUAUAUGAUUGUUAAGCAAUUAAAUAAAGUCUCGUGUUUGUAACAUGUAGCAUGUUCUUUGGUAAAGUUAAAAUAAGUGAUGUAAUUAAAUUGUUUCUGUUUGUUGUUUUUAAGAAAAUGACGAAAAUGCUCUGACAGAAGAUGAGGAAGACGACGAAACGUAAACUCUGUGACUUUUUUAUUACAUCGCCCAGAGGCCAAUUUGUUUCAAGCUCGUUUAACUAGACAUAUAGGCAAAUAGUCUGAUUAAGCCAUUGAGCACCAGCGCUCUCACACCUUGACGAGUAAAAUCGUCUGGCGUACUUAAGUAUCAUGGAAAUAAAUAGUGUGUAUUGGUAUGCAUGCCAGUAUCACACAAUCGAUACUUAAAUUUAACGCUAAUUAAUAUUGUAUUGAAACGCAUGAAGACUGCAGAAGUCUGGUGACCAAAUGUUAUUUCUAUAUUAAGGUGGCUCGAUACAAUUGUUUAAAAAUGAAAAAUUCACGACUUAGAUCCGUAUUUCUGUACAAUUAUUACUUGUUGCCGAAAAACAAAAAUAUUUACAUAUUGAUGUAAAACAACAUCUUAAGGGUUUGAAUUUUUUCACAAAAGUUAUGCACUGCUGUUGCCAUGGCAACAAUGACGUUUCAAUAAGGCGGAUAUUUUGGUUUUAAAGUAGUUUAAUUUAACUUGUAAACGGCGUCGGUGAUCAUGACCACAAAUUUUAUUUCUUAAAAUGAUUCCUUUUAGUAUACUCAAUUAUUUUGACAAUUUCAAAAAACGUCUGUUUAAGCACAGAUUAAAUAAGGACAGAUGUAUAACUUCAGUAAAAAAGUUGUCCCAUGGUCGCCAUCUUGCUAUAGCAAGUGUCGCUCGCGUGAUUAUUCGUCAUUUAGUAACAGAGAUGUAGACUCGAGUCGUGUGACUUGGACUCGAGUCAAACUCGAGUCGCAAUUUUUGUGACUUGUGACUUGACUUGUUAAAGAGACUGAUGACUUGUGACUUGACUUGGACUUGGACAAAAUGACUUGUGACUUGACUUGGACUUGCAAGAAAUGACUUGUGACUUGACUUGGACUUGCAAGAAAUGACUUGUUACCAACGCAAGUCAAACGUAAAUAUCUAGUGAAAAUCAAGUUUUCCAAAAUCUUUGUGUUGAUCGAUCGAUCGAUCGUCGUGUUAUACAAUUUGGGCAACGACCUUAGUACAUAUCAAUGGCAUCGACAGAAUUUGUGCCGGCGUAUUUUCUGACAAAGCGUUUUUUUCGCGAUUUCGUGGUACAAUUUCUGACAUAAAAUAACGACGCCAUAUUUACAUAUUUUGCCGUUUUGCGUGGGAAAGCAUGGCCACAUGUGGCGAUAAAAUGACGUGUGACUUGACUUGAAUUGACUUGCCACUCGGAAUGACUUGUGACUUGACUUGGAUUUAGAAAAAAUGACUUGUGACUUGACUUGAACUCAGACCAAAUGACUUGUGACUUGACUUGGACUUGCAGGAAAUGACUUGUGACUUGACUUGACUUGCAACAUAGGACUCGUUAACAACUCUGUUUAGUAAUACGUCAUUGUUUUCAAAAAUGCUUUCAACACCUUUUCUACAACUUUAAUUGUUUUCAACAACUUUAAACAUUCAACAAAUGAUGUUUUGAGUGUUUAAUUAAUCCAUAAAUUUCGAUCCAAAAAAGUCGCAAUAAAAUGCAAAAGUUCGUGUUUCUCAGGACGCCAUUUUGCUAUAGCCAGUGUCAGACGCGAGCAUGACGUGUACAUCUAGGGAAAUUUGAGGACACGAAGUCCUAUUAAGUCACACAUCUGGUAUUACCUCUGGGUAUAUACUUCAUCUGUGGUUUAAUGGGUUAAAAAUAGCAGCCGGCUGUUAUAACCGGUAUUUUCACAGCGCUAUAGCCGGCGACUUCUAAAUUAGCAACGAGCUUUUCUUCUUAAUCCAUUGAUCUACACAAUGAAUUUAUAAGUUUUAAAUUAAAAAGAUGCUGACAUAAAAAGAUCGCAUUAAGAAUUCUGGUACCCACGAAGAAGGCCGGGGUCAUAACUUUGUGAUGAAAAUCAUAAUAACGUUGUCCAUGGCUCUUUUAUAUGCACUAUGCUGGGCAUUGAUUUUCAUCUUACAAUUUUUGAAAAAAAAAAUUUGAUGUUAAAAAGAUUGUUUUGUUGCAAGCGUUCUCUAUUUUUGCUGCCCAUUUUGCUGCGGCUUUUGUACAUGAUGGAUGUUUUCUGCGUAAUCAUAUAUUCGGUUUGUCAUAGCAUGAAAUAAAUCGCCUGUAUAUACACGCGCAAAUAUAUAGCCUACAACUAUAUCUAAAUUCAAGUUAUCUAUUUGGAACCCUGAUAUUGGUGUUAUAGUGGCAAUUUUGAUUUCGAUAAAAUCGAUCAUCUUUGCAGCGACGAAAUCGAAGCAGAUCCUGGUUUUCGUUAUGGUUAUCGCAAGGGAUGGGGCAAGUACGGACGCAAAUAUGGACACCGUUCUGGUCGAAAGGGCAUUUAUACUCCUUAUACUCCAUAUACUCCUUAUACACCUUAUUGAGAAUUACGAUGGUAAGUUAUGCGCCCAUUAUAUUAAGAUCUAACGUCGCUGCUUAUUAAAUAUCUUGCAGAUUAUGCGCAUCUUUCCGAGAAGGGGCUUUGUGGCGCAGUCGUCAUAGCAAGCGCCUUUCACCUCUGAGAUCGUGGGUUAAUCGAUUCUCGCCACAAAGGGUCUGCCAACGCUCUUAUCCCAUACCUGUGUUAAAAGCGGCUUUCUGAUUGGUUUAGAGCAGGUGAGCUUGUCGUCGAGCUCACCUGCUUUUUGCCGAACUCACCUGCUAAACUGCUUACGUUGCAAUAACAAUAACAAAUAUGGCGGACAAGAUUUAGCCGAUAAACCUAAACUUUAAAGAACUUUUUUCGGAAAAGAAAAACCAAAGAAAAAAUGCAGUAAAGGUAAUGUAGACGUAGAUAAAGAAGUAUUUUCUUGCCCAGUGAUUUUUUUGGCCGGGAAAAUGUUCACAAAACAUCGACGAAUAUAUCGCGAAGAGCUACAAAUGUGUGUAUGGCUCGGUGUAUGGGAUAAAAACCAAACGUACUUGCAGGUUCGGUGAUCCCGAACUCACCUCCCUGCAAGUACGUUUGUUAUAUGACGAAAUAGUCGUGGGUUUUCUCCGGGUGCUCUGGUUUCCUCCCACAGGGAAAGUGGACAGGGUGGGUUAGGAUAAACACAGUUAAUAAAGUAUUAUCACAAUUUUUGAAUAAGGUUAAAUAAAAAAAUAGUUGCAAGGUAAGGAGCUACAAAUUAUUAACAAUUAUUGAAUUCGGCUUUCGCAUGAUAUGAAGAAUUAAAAAAAUCAUUAAUAAUUCACAAGGAAAAUACAAAAGAAAUGAAUGUUUAAUCAAUGUUUGUAAAUCGGAUAAAGAUUUGUCCUGAUUUACAUAAAUUUCAGCUUUGAUUUUCUCGGCUUAGACAAUGUUUAUUUUUAAAAUUACUUCGCCAAUGAACUCAUAAGAUGGGUAAUUUUUUAAGUACUAGAUAAAACAUUCGCAUCCGAUCUGUAUCUGAUAUACAAACUCGAGCCGAAGGCGAGAGUUUGUAUAUCAGAUACAGAUCGGCUGCUCAUCGGCUUAUCAAUCUCGAACUUCGUGUUAUCAACCAAAGCCAUAGGCUGAGGUUAUGUUUGCUGAGGAUAUGUCCGAGUUCCCUCCAGUCUGCCCUUUGUUAACCUUUUUUCCUUUUGCAUAUUUUUUUUAGAAUUAUCACCUGAAGGACCACGAUAAUGUCUGUCAACGUAUUAGAGAAAUUUGGAC